ACACCAUGAAGGUCUCAAACUUCAUAUGGUGGCUUUCAUGGUCGAGUCUGCUGAUCGCUUCUCCUUUGGAGGAGCGUGCAGUCAGCUCUUCGAUAUGCAAUAACGCUCAAGUCAAGGCCCUAAGAUCGAGCAAUGCCGGCUGCUAUUGCUCUUCGUAUCUCAAAAUUCCAGUCUCGACUAUCACAAAACUUACGACCCUUACAUCAACGAUACGAACGACAGUCACGCAAAAGCUUAUAAUGACCAAGUCGGUAGCAAUAUUGCGUUUAACAUCAACCAAUAAUGUUAAAUCCACUAUAACGACUAGAACCAUUACAUCCAGCCCAAAAACUGGAUAUACCACUGUCACGAAAACUGUAACCAUUACACCUCAGGCUCGAUCACUGCAUAGACGAAAGCAUCUCGGCCAUCCUUUAGAAUUGGUUGAGAGAGCUGCUGCCUCAACAUGUGUCACGCCAGCGGUGGUCAAGAGCAUGAAUAAAGCAGCCAUCUCAAGUGCUUGCAAAUGCUUAUCAAUAGCACCUCGCAAGACAACCAUCACCAAGACCACCACGAAGCGUAUCACUCAAGUCUCGACCAAGAUUCUGAGCUCUACUGCUCUACGGACUACGACUAUUAAAUCUAGUUUCACUGCAGUAGCGAUAUUCACGCCGCCUCUAAAAUUGAUCACCCGGACCGUGGUGGUCACGGUGACUGCGAAAACUCCUACAACAACAAGGCCCAAGAGCACUUCGAUCAGUUCUGUGCGAGAUAACGGCGUAUCUCGGUCAUCAUCAAAGACGUCCAGUCGGUCAUUGAGCAGUCUCUCCACAAUCUCAUCCUCAAGCCAACCAGCGGCUAAGAGCCGGACGUCUAGCAUCAAGUCAUCAAGCUCUGCCUCAAGCAGUAGACUUGCCAGUGUGUCGUCAACGAUUAGCUCCUCGAGCAUUACUGCGACUAGUGUUCGAUCUGUCAGCAAAUCGACCGAUUUGUCCAGCGACAAGCCAGCUAGCUUUUCUAGCAGUGGUCAAUCUUUGAGCAGCAAGUCUAGCAGUACGACAUCUGAGUUUCAUACCUCGACGGCUGGAAACAAUCAAGUGACGAGCAUAGCACCAACGAGCUCUACAGACAAAGCGUCAAGCAAGCUUUCCAGCAUUUCAACAAGCAAUAUAUCCAGUAUACCUACGCCGAAGUCCUCCAGCAAGCCAUCAAGUACUAUUUCAAGCAAGACUUCUACUACUUCGACAAGCAAUCCUUCCAGAACAUCGAGCAGCAGCUCAAAGACCAAAACAACGACCUCUGAGACAGCGUCGACCAGACUAUACCCGCCAGAAGGACCAUUAUACACGCCUAACACCAACGCAUGUGCGCCGAGAACUGCAAUGUCUUUAGUCACCACGAGUACUCGGUCCAAAACAUCGUCAACCCUCAGUCCAAGCAGAUCUACCACGAUAUCUUCCUCCUUAUCCUUGUCAAGCAAAUCAGCAACAUCGAGCUCAACACGAAGCAGCUCAACUCCACGAUUCAGCUUUCCAUCCAACAGCACAAUAUCAACACUUACAACCACGAACCCAUCAUCAACCUCAAGCUCUCCCCCAACAGUCAACAGAUUCUCCUACGAUGAUUCCACAUCUAACGACACAUCUCCAACCUCCAACACACCUCCCUCCUCCUUGAACUCAACCUCCACAAACAUAACCUCCCUCCUAAACUUCACCACAAACCAACCUUUCCGUCUGCAAUCCCUAUGUUCUUCCGGCCUUCAAAUCAGCGGCCUCUACGCAACUCUAAUCUCCACAACUGCAAACUCUGCUUUACAGUUUACUGCUUCUGCUUCUUUGGCUACUGUGUUCUACCUCUCCACUUCUGGAUACUUGUACACUCUACCUCCUUCUGCUGCUUAUCCAUGGAUAUCCUACUCUGAUGAAAAACUGAUAGCGAAUAUCGAUGCUGGAGUUACAGAGAUGGAUUUUUUCUUUAAUGAACAAGGGGAGAUUGAUGCGGUUGGGGCUGAAAGAGCGAGGUGUGCUGUUGAUGAGGAUGGGGUUUUGCAGUGUAGGACGGGCCAAACGACAGAGGUUUUGUAUUGCGAAGAUGAAGGGACUGUCAAGUUGGCCGGGUGUGUGUUGGAGGGUUGUGAUGCGGCGGAAUUGGCGGUUGUGUAUGUG